GAUUUAUUCACAGCAAACACUUGAUCCUUAAAAAAACAGGUUACAAUUAGAGUUGGAAAUCUGGAAUCCCAUUCCAUCCCAAAAUUCAAACCUGUCUGCGGAUUCUACCACACUGUACAGUGAUUCUCGUUCUUUUGCCGUCCUCUCAUGACUCUUGCUCAAAGCGUUCGAUAAUUCAUUGCAAUUCCAGUGCCAUGCUCAAUCUAGCUGAAUAUCCAACCCAGUCAAGGUGCCGCGGAUUCUUCCGCCAGACCAUUCCAUCAAAAACCCCUCUUACCCGAUUCCAAUCGCCCUCAACUGCAGUGACCCGACCCACAUUCUGCUCUCUUCAGUGGAAAUCACGAACUGGAUUACCCUCAAACGCCUUAAACAAUCAACAAGGUGCUGGAAGUCAUCUUCUUGAAACGAAGAAUAUCGAUGACGCACAUGGCUUCGAAGACGACGAUGGUGACGAUGAUGAUGACGAGGAUGAGGACGACGACGAGGAUGGCGUGUUUGUUCCUGUGAGGAAUAUGAAUGACUGGGUUGAAACUAAACCUCGAGGGUUCGGAGAAGGGAAAACGUACGAUACUUCGGUUGAAGAGAAGCUGAUGAAAGAGAUUGAGCAAAGUAGGAGAGCGCAGCUUGUUAAUGUCAACAAGCUGAAGAACAAUCCUGUAAAUCCAGGUUCCAAGAAAAACCAGAUCCACCAAGAAGAAGCAUACUGGAGUUCCUUUUUGCAGCAUCAACCCACACUCGUGUACGCUUGAUCAACCUUCCUAAGAAAAGGAACAUCCACAGAGAUCUAAAUUUGGCUUUCAAAGGAUUACCUGGAAUUAUUGACAUAGUCCCACUCGUUUCUGGAAACCGUAAGACUAGGGACCCUAUUUGCAAAGGCACUGCUCUCAUUUAUUUUAAGUCUGAAGAUGGAGCACAGAGAUUUGUAGAAGCUUUCUCAGGGAAGAGCAUAGAUUUUGGUAAAGUUCAGAAGCAUAUAAAAUGUGAGACUGUAUCUGGCCCCUCCAGCCCCAAAAACGUACAAUUAACCGAUGAAAGUAGUCAUGAUGAUUCCAAUAUCUCAGAAGCCGAUUCUGAUGGAGAAGCUUCUGUAACUUUUAACUUGUGCGACAAACAGAUUAGUUCAAGUGAAGAAGGGGUUGGAAGCAAUUUAUCCUUGUCUGCUAUCCAUCAAAAGAAAAUAGAAGUAAAUGAGAAGAAGAAGAAGAAAAGAGCUAAACUAAAGAAAGAGAAGUCAUCAAAUUCAAACAUUCCUGGAUCUGCUAGGAGGCUAAAGAUCAGAGAGAAAGCUCAGCUUACUGGAGUUCUCUCCAAAUAUGGAUCGAACAUUCCUGCAUGCCAGACAUAACAAGCUCACUGAUGACUGAUGGGACAGCAUGAGGACAUUAUCUAACUAACCUCUAUAAGUACUAAACCACCCCUAACCCCUCACCAAUUAUGCACUUGGUUUCAUUAGUGUGCCUUUGUUGUAUCAUAAUCAAUAUCUAAGUGCUUGUUUGGUUUGAGGUUUCAGAGGGAAAGGGAUGAUAAAUUUUUAUUUUACUGAUUUAUUUUACUGAUUCAUUUGUCUUUUAGUUUUAAACUUGAAAUAACUGUGUGAUUAAUUAGAUCAUGUGUUUCUAUAGUAGUUUUUAU